AUGGCGCAGAAUGCGAAAGUGGCAGCUCUGACGGAUGAAUUGAUCCAUUCGAUCCUAAAGUUUGACCCGGAAGCCAACAAACGCGCAUACAAACACGCCAAGGACAUCGCAAGAAACGGCCUACGCGCGCAUCAGUAUGCUCGGACAAAUCAAUUUGACGUGCAGGCCAGCUUCAUCGGUCUGGACGAGAAGUUUCGCGUGUUAAACCGCGACGAUCUGGCCGACGCGCUGGACGAGCGCGUAAAAGAGAUCAAUAAGAGACUGGGCAAAUGGAUCCCGGAAUGUCUGUCACUCUUGCUUCAACUGUCGGACCAACCGACGGAAAAUUCGCGGGUCGAGGCUUUGGAGUUGCUGAGGCCACCUACGCCUUCGCCUGAGUUGACUUGGAAGGAGAUACUGGAAGAUGAUCCUUACAGCGACGAGGAAAUCUGGAAAGACAUCGACUACGGCGCGGAAUCGUCUGAUGACGAUCUACUGGCUCCGAAGAAAGAAGUUCUAAAGUUUUCGCCGCCGACCAGUGUAGAUGAGGACGAUACGUACGAUCCUAAAGGGUGCGUUGUCGCCGUAGAUGCAGCUGCCAUCGACGAAAUAGAGGAAGCACAAUUCUGGAAGCACAAAACAGAAGCAGAAGACGAGAAACUUGAAAUUACUGAACUUCAAGCUGUCCGAGAGACGCUCUUUAUGCUAGCUGGUCUUCAGACCUCUUUGUUCCAUGCGGACAGACGCGUGGGACCUGAGUACGAGCUUCGCCAUGCCAUGACGAAGACCGCAAAUCACCUCCUUGCCGAACUUGGCGAUAUUGGUCGUACGAUUCACCAACUACGACAGUGGGUAAAGCGACCUUCGACUUUGCCACUUAUUCAGACGUUCGAGGCUGCUGUGUCAAAACGGUUGCGGGAAUAUGAUCAAUCGCUGGCACUGCUUCAACAGAGGUACCUAGUACCCGAGAAACCCACGGCUGUAAGCCUAUUAGAGUUGCACGACAAUGUUAGGUCUCUGUCUCGACCUAUAUUACGCCUAGCCCGAGUAGUCUCAGAGAUAGAACCUCAGCUGCUUGUUAACCCUUUCGUGCAUCUAGAGAUACUGUUCGACCAGAUUAAUCUCGCGCAGAUGACACUCGAGCAGGAUGUAUUCGAUUUUCUGUCCAAUCUCUUCUUUGAGUGUCUGCAAACUUACCUCAAACCUAUGCGAAGGUGGAUGGAAGAUGGCGAGCUCGGUCUCAAUGAUGAGACUUUCUUCGUCUUUGAGAAUGACUCUGGUAGUGAGGCAUCUUCGCUAUGGCACGAUCGAUUCGUGCUCCGCCGCGGUCAAGAGAAUAAACUGCGCUCACCCGCUUUCCUCGAGCCUGCAGCGCAGAAGAUCUUCAAUACCGGUAAAAGCGUAGUCUUCCUCAAAGAGCUGGGUAUCCAUACGUCUCUUCUACCAACGAAGGUUGAGGAGCCUCGAUUAGACCACAAGACAGUCUGCGGUACCUCGGCUGAUUCGCCGCUCUCACCUUUCUCAGAACUGUUUCAAGCAGCAUUCCAGACGUGGAUAGAAAGUAAAUACUCGCUCGCCUCAACCGUGCUGCGGGAAUACUUGUUCAAUAUCUGCGGCCUCGUCCAGACCCUGGACAGCUUUAGGACCAUAUAUCUUAGCGCUAACGGCUCCGUCUUCCAAGAAUUUGCCGACGCUGUAUUCGAACGUAUGGAUACCAACCAGCGUGCCUGGAACGAUCGUUUCCUGCUUACUGAGCUUGCGCGCGGCAUCUUCAGCUUGGAGUUGCCUAAAGGCCAGUCUGAGCGCAUCGUUGUCCGCUCUAUGCGCAAAAGCUCGAAGUCUCCUCACCGCUCUGUCAAAGCUCUCUCUCAUGUAUCGCUUGAUUAUGCCCUGCCUUGGCCCCUCAUGAACAUCGUACAGCGCUCAUCAGUUUCCAUCUACCAACAACUUUCCACCUUCCUUCUACAGACCUACCGCGCAAAGUAUUUACUGCAACGGAUCUCGCCGCAAAGUGUUCGUCUUAUCAACGACAGCCAGCUGCGCCAGCUAAGCUACAAGCUCCGCCAGCGAUUGAUCUGGUUUGCGGAUGUCCUGCGCUCGUAUCUCACUGCAACCGUCAUCGACGCCUCCUUUGCCGACAUGAAAGCUGCGAUGGGCAUGGCAGAAAACAUUGACGAGAUGUCAGCCAUCCAUACCAAAUAUGUAGCUAGGCUGCAGGACCAAGCCCUGCUAUCCGACAACCUGAAGCCCAUCCACAGGGCCAUGGUCUCGCUGCUCGACCUUGCGGUGCUCUAUUCGCAGCAACAUUCGAGGGAAGCAGCCCAAGCGAAGCCAAUUCGCCAACACCAAGCGAAGGAGCACUCCCGCCGCAAGUCCGUGAUACCUGGCAAGCCUAAAGAGGAUGACUCAGAUAGUAGCGAUGUCGAGGAUGAUGAGGAGAGCGCUGCGUCGAAAUCGCCUGCUACGACUCAAUCAGAUGAGGGUCUGGAAGGUGUAGAUGGGGAGUUCGAACGACUGCUCUCGUUCGUGACGGCCGGGCUGAGGAGCGUUGGACGUGUGGGUGCGGAGCCGGUUUGGGAGAUUCUUGCAGAUCGACUCGAAUGGGAGGGAAAGAGGGAUCGCUGA